AUGGCACCUGCUACAUUGAACAAAAAGAAGGUAGAGCAAGCGGAAGACGUUGGUUUGUUGAAACCAGUCAGCUUUGCAGAGGCAGAUACUGGAUGCAAGGAUGAGUGCGAUGACACUUUCUCCCCUGUGCUCCGUUACUCCAUUCUGGGUCUUAUUUGCCUUCUCGCUUUUCUGAUUCGUCUAUUCGCCGUUGUGCGUUACGAGUCUGUAAUUCACGAGUACGAUCCCUGGUUUAACUAUCGUGCCACCAAGUUCCUGUCGUGGUCCGGCCCGUACGAGUUCCUCAACUGGAUGGAUGAUCGUUCCUGGUAUCCUCUGGGUCGAAUUGUGGGAGGAACCGCGUAUCCUGGCUUGAUGGGAACUUCCUACGUGGUGCACAAGAUUCUGAACAUGCUUCACUUCACAAUCCAGGUGCGUAACGUGUGUGUGUUCAUCGCCCCCAUUUUCGCUGCCGCCACGGCCAUCGCGUCGUAUCUCCUGACCUACGAAGCGACGCGUCGCACGAACACGGCUCUGCUGGCCUCCGCGCUGGUGGGUCUGGUUCCCUCGUACAUCUCUCGGUCUGUGGGCGGCUCGUACGAUUACGAAGCGGUGGCUAUCUUCGCGAUGAUCUUCACGUUCUACCUGUGGGUGAAGAGCGUGAACACCGGCUCGCUCCUCGUCUCUGCGUGCUGCGCGUUGAGCUAUUUCUACAUGGUGGCGUCGUGGGGAGGCUACGUGUUCAUCAUCAACAUCAUCCCGAUUUACGUGGUUCUGAUGGUGCUCAUCCGCCGGUAUUCGCAUCGUCUCUACAUCGCGUACACGACCUUCUACAUCCUGGGCUCGAUUCUGGCGAUGCAGAUCCCCUUCGUGGGCUUCAACGUGGUCAAGCAAGCCGAGUGCAUCAUCUCCCACGGCGUUUUCAUCGGUCUGCAGUGCUACGCCUUGCUGGUGUUCGCCUACGACCAGCUCCCCAAGAAGUACUACCGCUAUCUCCUCUACGCGAUCUUCGCGUUCGUCGUCUCCGUCGUGAUUCUCCUCGUUCUGAUCCAGGUCCUCGGGUGGUCCCGCCGCGCUCGGCUCAUCCGUAGAGUCACUCGCUGGACGGGCCGCUCGCUCACGCUCCUGGACCCCACCUAUGCCACCAAGUACAUCCCGAUCAUCGCGUCGGUCUCGGAGCAUCAGCCCACCACGUGGACCACCUUCUUCCUCGAUCUCCAAAUCGUGGUCCCGCUCGCCCCCGUCGGCAUCUACCUCCUCUUCAAGGAGAUCAGCGACGGCAACAUCUUCCUGAUCCUCUACGGCACGGUCUCGUGGUACUUCGCGGGCAUCAUGAUUCGUCUCAUGCUGACUCUGGCGCCCAUCGCGUGUAUUUUGGCCGCGGAAGGCUUCUCGGGGCUGAUUCGGCGCUUCAUGGCGUAUCUCCGCUACGCGGGACAGGACGUGGAGGUGAAUAAAGAGAAGAAGAAGAUCCCGACGCUCGCCACGCCGCCCGUCGUGAGCGUGCUGUUCGUCGUCUACGCGAGUCUGAUCUUCUACACGAUGCACUGCAGCUUCAUUUCGUCGGAAGCGUACUCCUCGCCCUCCAUCGUGAUCGCGUCGCAGAACCGCGAUGGCACGCGCACGAUCCUCGACGACUACCGCGAAGCGUAUUACUGGAUGCGCAUGAACACCGACGAGCACGCGAAGUUCAUGUCGUGGUGGGACUACGGCUAUCAAAUGGCCGGCAUGGGCAACCGCACCGUCAUCGUCGAUAACAACACCUGGAACAAUACGCACAUCGCUACCGUGGGUCGCGCGUUCGCGUCCACCGAAGAGCAAGCCUAUCCGAUUCUCCGAAGCCUCGACGUCGACUACGUGCUCGUGAUCUUCGGCGGCUUCAUCGGCUACAGCGGCGACGACAUCAACAAAUUCCUCUGGAUGAUCCGCAUCGCGUCGGGCGUCUACCCCGACGACGUGCAGGAGGCCAACUUCUUCAACGCGGGGCAGUACCGAAUCGACGCCGACGCCACGCCCACCAUGCGGAACUCCCUUCUCUACCGCCUCUCCUACUACCGCUUCAGCGAGGUGCGGCUCAGCUACAACCAGCAGCCCGGCUACGACGUCAACCGCCACGCCGUCGUCGGCGAGAAGCACAUCCACCUGAAGUACCUCGAGGAGGCGUUCACCUCGGAGCACUGGAUCGUCCGCAUCUACCGCGUGAAGCCGCGCGCGGCGACCGACCCCACGGCGUCGUACCAGGCGCAGCACGAGCCGCGGCUCCCCGCGGAAAGCGGCAAGGAGUACCGGUUCGUGGGGUGCACGGCGUCGGAGUCGGCGUUCUCGAUCGACCGCGUGUACCUGGGCGGCGCGGCGGGCGCGUCGUUCGAGCUGGCGCGGGAGCACGCGCGGAGCAACAACAAGCGGUACUUCGCAGUGUCGAAGCUGGGGUCGGAGGGCCACGUGUUCGCGUUCAACGCGCUGGUGAAGGCGAUCGGAAAGGGCGUGGAGGGCGGAUGCGAGCAGCCCUGCGAGGACGACGCCGAGAAGUUCUGCGGGUGCAUCGACAGCGCGUGCACGGAAGACGCGCCCGAGGGAGAAGAGUUCAAUCGACGGUGGGCCGUGUAUGAGCGCGUGCGCGAUGCCAAGGCGGCGAGGAAGGGGCGCAAGGGAAAGAACUAGAGGGGACGAAGGAAGAAAGGGGGUUGUAUUGUGUGAUGUGGU